AACACCUGCAACAGACGGGAAUUCCAUCUGGAUCAGAAGAUGAAGUUUCAGUUCCUGAUUCUGCACCAGAAAUGGCUGAACCCCAGAUAGUUGUGGCUCCUGUGGUAAAAUCAAAGUUGUCUAUUAAAGCACCUGAGUUUUAUCCACCAGGAUACAACCAGAACAUCAAUCAGAUGUAUACGGAUGAUGGCUAUCUGACUUUGACAGAAUAUAUACAAGACUUCCUAAAUCACCUUACCGAGCAGCCAGGUUGUUUUGAAACUGAAAUACAGCAGUUUGCUGAAAUACUGAAUGGCUCUGUCACUGCAGAUGAAGCUUUAAAAGAACUUGUUGAGCUCAUCUAUCAGCAGGCCACAUGUGUUCCAAAUUUUUCGUACAUGGGAGCACGGUUAUGUAACUAUCUGUCUCAACAUCUAACGGUUAGUCCACAAAGCGGGAACUUCAGACAGAUGUUGCUUCAAAG